UGUCAGUGGCGCCAACCUCCAGGCAAAGAGAUCUAUCGCAGAAACAAUAUCUCAGUAUACGAAGUUGAUGGGAAGGACCACAAGAUCUACUGUCAGAAUCUGUGUCUCCUGGCAAAGCUGUUUUUGGAUCAUAAAACACUUUACUUUGAUGUGGAGCCGUUCAUCUUCUACAUCCUCACUGAAGUCAACAAACAGGGAGCACAUAUUGUGGGUUACUUCUCUAAGGAGAAAGAGUCUCCAGAUGGGAACAAUGUAGCUUGUAUUCUCACUCUUCCUCCAUACCAGCGAAGAGGAUAUGGAAAAUUUCUAAUUGCAUUUAGUUAUGAGCUAUCUAAGCUGGAGAGUACGGUGGGGUCUCCAGAGAAACCUCUUUCAGACUUGGGGAAGUUGAGUUAUAGGAGUUACUGGUCAUGGGUACUACUAGAGAUUCUGCGAGACUUCAGAGGGACUCUGUCCAUCAAAGACCUCAGUCAGAUGACAAGUAUCACUCAGAGUGACAUCAUCAGCACACUACAGUCUCUUAACAUGGUCAAGUACUGGAAAGGUCAGCAUGUCAUCUGUGUCACACCCAAACUUGUAGAGGAACAUCUCAAAAGUGCUCAGUACAAGAAACCCCCAAUAACAGUGGACACACAUUGUUUGAAAUGGGCACCUCCUAAACACAAGCAGGCCAAGUUCUCUAAAAAAUGAGGAGAGUGAGACUGUCCCUUCAUCCCAAAUGUUUUUUCACAGCUAACAUUAAAUGUCAUGUAGAAAUACUCUCUCCAAGAGGGAAAGGUCUAAGAUUGUACAUUCGCAUUGUAUUGAGUCUGUUAUUUUUUUUAAAUAAAUGAAUAGUAAUAUUCA